AUAAUGCUGGAAUAUGAAUGUGAUGUAUUCCACUGAAAAGGUUAAUCUUUAUUAAUGCUACUUCUCGCCUAAUUGUUAGAAAACGCCUGUUUGGAUACUUUUUGUUCAUUUUUUAUCAUUUUGUCGUUUUUACUAUUCUCUGUGUUUUCGAGGUGGUUCAUCAGACGCACGUCAGGUAUAUAUUCUGACUGGAGGUUUUUGUCUGAUGUACAAUUUAGAUGGUAAGCGAAAUUUAAAGAAUUAGUUGAGAAGGAAACGGCUGGACUUUUAUCAUUGCAAGAAUAGAAUCUUACCAUUGCAAGAAUAGAUUUUGACAUAUGUACUACAUUAAGAAUUAUUAUAUAGCCUAAACAUACAAUUCUCUCUUCUCUGUUUUUUAAGUAACAUUAUAAUUUUUAAUACGCAUUUAAAGAAAAUUCACUGUGAUACUUUUUAAAUACUUCCUUGUUAUAAUCUUUCAUGCUUUCAUGAUAUUUUUAAAUCAUCACUUUAAAUAACCGCAACCGACUAGUAUUUUUCACUAGAAGCUUGGUUUGAUUCUUUCGCUAUUACGUUCUAGAUGAACAACGAGAAUUUUUCAAUUUCGUAAUUUAAUUUAAUACUUACUCCUCAGACAUCCUUCAAUUUCGGUGUUUUAAAGACAAAAAUGAUCGUUCUUGACUUUACACGAAAAUUUGGAAAGGUGUACCCGACGGAUUUAAAAGUGGGGAAAAACUAGGAACUUCAUUUCAUUGAAAAUAAGACGACUUCGGCCCUUUUCUCAGGAACAUGCCUGGAAGCUAAAGUCCUGACAAGUCAGGGCGUCCACGAUGAGAAAGGCAUAAAGGAAAAAUUAAAACCCAAAUCAGCACAACAAACGGUCAGAAAGGAGUGGGAGGUUCCUUUCACGUGACAGGUCAAAAAGCACCAAUAAAAACGAAAACAAAACUCAUGUCAUUGGAUUAGGGCAGACUGGCCCGCUCGGUUUGAAUCCCAUAAUGCAGAAAACCUCUUACUAUGAUAAUUCUGGACUUUUUGGAGGUUACUCGUACCCCAAAUCUGAUUCCUUUAGCUAUGGUUCCAGUCACCAGCCUUACCCCUCAUCGAAUAUCGAAAACGAAUUCCAGGGUCCAGUCUGCACAAUACAAACAUCUACAAUUCGACCCCCAAAUCAUAAAAGUGGUGACAUAAACGGCAGCUGCAUGAGAACUGGUAACAGCCAAGGCAACAGCCAGCCAGUAAACAUUGGUGAGCACCAGCAAGCACCUCCUCUGCCUGCCUCCUCACCGAACCCCAGCAGCGCUUCAACACAGAAAAAGAAGACAUCCCCCAAUGGGGCGUCUAAUACUGCCACUCCCGUUAUUACAAAGCAAAUAUUCCCAUGGAUGAAGGAAUCCAGGCAGAACUCAAAACAGAAAGGCAACAGCAACAGCUGCAGUACUGCAGGCGACACCUGUGACGACAAAAGUCCACCAGGACCAGCCUCUAAGAGGGUCCGCACCGCCUACACCAGUGCUCAACUUGUUGAACUUGAAAAGGAAUUCCAUUUCAACCGUUAUCUCUGUCGUCCCCGCAGAGUGGAAAUGGCUAACCUAUUGAAUCUCACAGAGCGUCAAAUAAAGAUCUGGUUUCAGAACAGAAGGAUGAAGUACAAAAAGGACCAAAAAGCCAAGGGUGUUAUGCAUUCGCCCAUCGGCCAUUCACCGGACAGGAGUCCACCGUUAAGUGGUGCGAAUCACAUCGGAUAUUCCGCUCAGCUCCCUAACGUAAACAGUAUUAGCUACGACGCGCCCUCGCCUCCGUCUUUCGCCAAACCACAGCAAAACAUGUACGGCUUGGCUGCAUACACUGCACCAUUAGGUGGCUGCAUGCCGCAGCAGAAGAGGUACCCGGGCCCAGAGUAUGAACACCACACAUUGCAAGGCAACGGUGGCUUUGCCAACACCAAUUUACAAGGCAGCCCCGUGUACGUUGGAGGGAAUUUCGUUGAUUCAAUGCCAGCUUCUGGCCCCAUGUUCAACCUCGGCCAUCUCCCUCAUCCCUCAUCCGCCAGCGUGGACUACAGCUGUGCCGCUCAGAUUCCCGGCAGCCAUCAUCAUGGACCCUGUGACCCCCAUCCCACAUACACAGACCUUACGUCUCACCAUGCUUCUCAGGGUAGGAUUCAGGACGCGCCUAAACUAACGCAUCUGUAAUGGAGUUCAUCCGUGUGCUGAAGCGAUGAUCUCGCUAUUUUAUUACCUCAGUAGUUUAAAGUACUUUAUAUAAUUGCGCUUCAACAGUCACCUGUAUUAGCCCGUAUUAUUAUUGUUAUUAUCGUUAUCAUGGCUGUUAGCCUGUUGUUUUUAUAUAUAAAACAGCAGUGGUUCUUUUUCUUCACUAACGAAGAUCCAUCGACGGAUUGUUUAUCGUCAUCUGUUUUAUUUUCUAAAGUGCAAUGCUAAACUGAAGAACUGAAAAUUUUGUAACUUUUACUUGAAGGUAAGUCCUGUAGAUCUGUUGAGUAUUAGCGACCCGUUAUAACACGGAUAGCUCUUUCACAAAAGUAAAAGAAAAAAUGGAAAAAAACGAAGUUUUUGUCUGCAUUUGGUUUCAGUUCAGAAAGCAUAAUUUAUUAGUUUAUGUCAAUAUUUUAUGACAGUUAUCUCGAUUAAGCUAUUUAUUAUUUAAAGAGCUAUUUUAUACCAUUUAUUAUUUAUCAUUGACUUCAUGUAAGAUAUUUGUAUGGACAUCUGUAGAAUUUAUGCAACAAUAUUUGGACAGACUUACGUGGUCCCUCGCCACGACCCCCCGUUUUAGUGAGUCGGUUUAAAUGGAAAAAAAAAUAGUUUGAAGCAGUUGUACAAGUGGCUGGUGUUUGUGGUUUUUUGUAAGGAUUCAUUCUGACCAAUUGUAGCUCUAAUCUAAAAUAUGUUGUUAAUCAAUGAUAUAUUCCUGGUUUGUUUUAAUUGAAAUGUCAGAAACUAUUUAAAAAGAACGAAAUUCAACAUAUUUCUUACAACAGAUUGAUUUUACUGUAGAUAUACAAUGCCCGAGCAUGUCAUUGUUUGUGUUUGUUCAGACUCCCAGAUCGAUUUGUUACGUUCCCCCUUUUCUCCGUUAGACCGUUCAUGCAUAAACAGACUAAGCACUAAUGAUAUUGAAAUGUUAUAUUUUAGUGUGUUGAACAUUUUUGUAAAUAAAGUGCUCAAAAUAAUGGAUAUCAGUAAAAACGAACCUUUCAUUCCCCAAGUCUUGUGAUUAAAAUCAAUUCAGUUCA